CUAAGCAAGAGACAAUGGUAAGUGAGAAAGUGGGGCAAUUUAAAAAGUCCGGAAUUCUAAGCUGAUGUCCCACAUGCCUUGACAAACUCAUACUGAAGCGGCGCAGAGAGUACCCCAUGACAGGAAACCAGAGGUUGAAGUGGGCCUCUCCUCCAAGUCCCGACACCAAUAACCCAACAAAAUAUAGGUAACCCUAUCUGCAAAACUCCUUGGGCAUCAUCUCAAUGCAUAUCAAUCUGCCCAACAGAGCAUGACUCUGAAUUUAGGGCGUAUUCAAUUCAAAUCUCGUUGGAUGUGCCUGCCUGCUCUCUCUCUCUCUGUCCUCUUCAAGAUAAAUCCCUUGUGACCCACUUACCCAAAACCUCUGCCCCUGCAACUGCAAUGCUAUUAUGCUUUUCAGUUCCAUACUAUUAUUUUAAACACCCAUAGCCCUGCUUUACCUCCAACCGAGACAUUUCUUCUCAGCCCUAUGAAUGGAGACUCUGUUAUUAGGGAUUGAAGCAGAGUCAGGUCACAUCAAAUAAGGUCUUUUCUUUCUCAUAUUUGCCUCUAGGUCUGUUUGUACUGUAGAUUGAAAAAAUAUGUCUUCUACAGAUGUUCAGCAACAGGGGAGUAGUAGUAGUACUAGUAGUGGUAAGGUAGUUUGCGGCUCAAGGGCGCCGCCUCCCACGCCCAAUCAAGGCGGAAAUGCCUCUGCCAUUGUUAAUAGCGAUGCUUUCUCUGCGUUUCUGGAAAGAUCGCUGGGGAUUGCCAAUUUGGUUUUGCCCGAAUCACCCACCAAACCGACUGCGAUGGACCGCGAUCUUCCUGUUAUUGAUCUGUCAGGAGAAAGGGAUGAAGUUGUGAGAUUGAUUAGGGAUUCGGCCAAGGAAUUUGGGGCUUUUCAGGUGGUUAAUCAUGGAAUUCCUUGGCAGACUGUGGAGAGAGCCGAGGAGGAAUGUAAGGGCCUGUUUGAGCUGACGGUGGAGGAAAAGGAGGGGAUUUGCAGGAGCUUUAAUGGAGGAUCGGCCUUUGGAUUCGAUGAUGAUACUAGCACUUCCAUGCGGCAGGAAUCGUUCUGGUUGGAAAAAGAUGCAGAGCAGAUGGAGGCUUUUCUCAGAAAUAUUUGGCCCCAGGGUUGCGUCAACUUCAGCCGCGCAAUGGGGGAGUAUUCUGUUGCAAUGGAGAAAGUUGCAGGCGACAUCCUGGAUCUUUUACUGGAAGGACUGGGCAACUGGCUUGAUCGGUCGACUUUCACAGCACAAAUUGCAUCACAUAAUGCAUCCCUUGUGUGCAUCACAAGCCAGAAGGGUAUCCCCAAAUCUCAGUCAGCUCGUAUAAAGCAUUCACAUCCCUGCAUUCUGAGCACACAGUACCAGAGCAGAGAUUCAUAUGCUUAUCAUCUCUAUGUAGACCGCACUUGGAUUCGGGUCAUUCCACAACAUGGCGCUCUCAUGGUCACCCUGGGAGAUAUCCUCAAGGUGUGGAGUAAUGGAGAAUUCAAGAGUGUGAUUGGAAGGGCAGUUGGAGGCGGCAAAGUAGAGGAGGAAGAGGAGGAAGAAGAGAGUGCAUGUACAUGUACAUGGAUGGCUCUGCUCUACUCACCCUGUGCAGAAACCACCAUUAGCCCAAUACUGGAGCUCAUGGAUUCACAAGAAAAGAAGCCUAAUUACAGUUCUUUUGCCUUGAAAGAUUAUGCAUCUCGCCUGCAAAAGCAGAGAUUUAUGUUUAAGGAUCCUCUCGAUCGUUACAAGAUCAAGUGAACUUGCCUGCCAUGAUUCGCUUGAUCGAUUCUCAUUGUCAAAUCCAUUGUCCAUUGUUUUUUAUUGUUUCUGAAUAUACAAAAUUUUUCCCUUGGUGUUGCUCAGGAUGUAAGUUUUUUCCCCAUUGAAGGGCCAUGAUUUACAUAGUUUAGUUUUAUCUCAAUGUCCACAGACCCCAAUGUAAUAUUUCAUCUUCUUGAAUAUUUAAUUUGCAUCUUUGUGUUCGACUGUAUAAAUUUUGUUGCUGGGACUAUAUGCUAUAAAUAGAAAUUUUAUUACAUUUACAAGUUUUUA